GAGGACGAUUUCAUAUUACGUGAAAUUGAUGAUACGAUUCGUAUCUUUUGGGAAAUAAUCGUAAAUUUUCUCAACCUGAUAAGAUAUUGCAUCCUGCUCGCAGUUACUUCAAAUGAAAAUUUACUUGUAAAGUACAACUCAUGUGUUCGAUGUUUCCGUGUGAAUGUGACCGGAGCACAAUCAAAUAUGUCCACUCUGUCGACAUGCAGAGGUUUGAAUUCAUCAACAAGCGGUAACUGUCCAUUCGAGCGUAUUCGAAGACGACAUGUAAAUAACAAAGUUGACGUUGAAGACUGCAUUCAAAGUAUACUUUACAACCAGAUAAAAGAAUUUAGUAUGUUAGAUUCGGAUGUUAACAUGAACGGUGCUGAUUCUUCCACUGAAAAGAAGUCAUCAGAUGAAAAUUGUCGUGAAAACGUCAUGGAAGACAAGAAUUCUACUGCGACGGAAGUGGUAAAAGUGAACUCGAAAAGUGAUGAAAAAGAAGAAAUUGAACCGUGUAAAAUAGCCCACUACAGAGAAGCACUUUUGAAAUAUAGUCGCAUCACAUUCUCAGAUUUUACAUCACUUUUUAACAAAUUUGUAAGAGAAAAUGGCCGAGACUUUUCUAAGGCAAAUUUAAUGCAUUGGUUUGAUAAAUUUACCAAGUUCAUAUAUUUGAAAAAGGUAAUCAGUGGUGAACCAACAGAUCUGAGAGAACAACUGUCAUUUCGAGCCAUACAGAGCAAAAGGAAUUCCCUCGCCGAAAGACUGUACACUCUCCGAGAGCAGCAUGAAAUGGAUCUGACACUUGAAGAAUUCUCGGAACGUCUGAAAAACAAAAAUAUAAAUCCGAUUAACAAAUUAUUGAACCUAAUCCAGGGUAGUGGGGACACGAACAUGCUUCAACAAAAGGAAACGGUAAAAGAAAACAAGUUGUCCGCAGACGGCACCGAAGGAGGAAGAAAAUCGGAAAUCGUCGAGAGUAAUGAAAGCACAGACAAAUCAAAAGCACAGGAAUCUUCAGCUGUACUUCAUAAAACAAACGAUAUCCGCGCAGAAACGAUCGAUCUUGAAAGAGAAAGUGCCUCUUGUCACGAAACAGGAAAUAACCUUCAGCAGCAGACGACAACAAAAGUUAAAACUAAACACCGGAAGAAUAGAACGUCAAAGUCACAUAAGUCCAAGGAAGAAACUGUUAUAAUCCAUAAUGAUGGAAACAAUUUGGAAAGCACUUUACUUAAACCAAAGAUUUAUAUUAACCCUUUUGAUCCAAAACAACUGCCACCCGUUAGAGACCAGAGCAAGUGCGUAAAUUCUACCAUCUAUAUCACAAGAAAUGGCCUUGUGAAGGUCUCGCAGCAUAUCGAAACAAACUAUACUAAACAGGUUGAUUCAAAUGUGUAUGAACAGUCGCGCUCUAUCAAUUUUUACGUGGAUCAUUUAGAUGAAAAAGAUCCAUUACCUGCCGGAAUUGAAGUAAAACCCCUACCACCGGGCGGACUUGAAGAAGUUUUACGAACAGUUCCCCCGAUGACCGACAAAGAUAUUGCUGAAUUUAACAGAGUCAGUGCUUCACAUGAAAAAGAAGUUUGUCCCGUGCAUUUUGGUUCUAAAGAAAACAAAGCAAACGGAACAGUUUUAGGUGGGAGGGAGUUCAUCUUAAAACCCGUAUCGGAAGAAAUGGCUAAAGAAUUAAAUGAGAUCACGUCAAAAGAAGCACAAGCUAAGAGACCAAAAGCCAUUCCAAAGUAUAAAAUCCCCAGGAAUCAUCGUCUGCAGAGCGAGGAACAAACUACUCACAAACAAGAUGUUCGGGGAAACUUGCAAAAGUCGGAAUCAGUCGUACCGACGGCAACGGAAGACCGCUCUGGCAAGACAAAUGAACGGCCACCUGUGUCUAACUUGGCAAGGUCCAACCAAAACAACAGCCCAGGCUUCAAGACAGAAAAGGAGGCAGCUGGUACUGAACAAGUCUACAAAACGCGAAGAUUUGUACCAGCGAGGCGUCGACUAAAGAGCCAGGCGCAAGACACAACAGACAAUCAGUCCGAAGAAAAGACUGGCAUGAGGACGCAAGACUCGGGUUCAAAGGCAGACAAUCAGAUUCAAGACACAUGUCUAAAGGCAGACAAUCAAAUACAAGACAAACGUCCAAAGGCAGACAGUAAAAUUAAAGACAUACGUCCAAAGGCACACAAUGAAAUUCAAGACACUGGUCCAAAGGCAGACAAGCAGACUAAAGACAUACGUCCAAAGGCAGACAGUCAUAUUCAAGACACAGGUCAAAAUUCAGACAACCAGACUCAAGAUACAGGUCCGAAGGCAGACAAGCAGACUAAAGACAUACGUCCAAAGGCAGACAAUCUAAUUCAAGACACAGGUCCAAAGGCAGACAAUAAGACUCAAGACACAAGUCCAAAGGCAGACAAUAAGACUCAAGACACAAGUCCAAAGGCAGACAAUAAGACUCAAGACACAAGUCCAAAGGCAGACAAGCAGAUUAAAAGAACAGGUACAAAGACAGACAUUCAGAUUAAGCACAGAGGUAAAAAGGCAGACAUUCAGACUCAAGACACAUGUCCAAAGGUAAUACAGACUCCACCGGCUCCAGAGAAUCAACUCUUUGAUCAGUUACCUCCCCUUCAUUUUAUUGACACUGACACUGAGAACGUUGCUGUCAAACCAUCACAGGAACCAGUGUUUUUAGAGACGAAUGCAACCAUAGAUUACAGUCGUCACGUAGUGGAACCAAGUCACGGAGACCGUCCUAAUAAAAAGAAACUACAAGCUGUAAUAAAGGAGAAAAUAAAAACGAAAGGAGAGGCGAAUAAGCAUUUAAAGGCAAAAUAUGAAAAACAUGCCUAUUAUUUUGACGAGGAUGAUGUAGAUACAGAUAAUGUUGUUGGCGAUCACGAUAGUGAGAAAGAUGAGUUAGAGAGUUCAGUGGCAGAGCUUGAAGAAGAAUCUAUAUCAUCACCUGUAGUGUACGCCACAGAUCAACCACAAAUACUUGACAAUAGGGAGUACAUGAUGGUUCCUGAAGAAAUUAUCCGAUUAACUGAUCCGCGACUGAAGGAUAUAGAAGACAAAUAUUCCAUAACUUCUCCAAACGAAAAGAAGGACAAAAAGAAAAGAAAAGACAAGAAGAACAAAGCAAUGAAGAACAUACCUAUCAAAUUUAUAUAAUAUUCACGUCAGUACAGAUAAUCUAGAAA